AUGGAUAGAAAGAAGUUAUUAUUUGAAAGCAAUUUGAAAAAUAAUUGUUAAGAUCUCAUUGUUGGGAUAAGGGAAACUAAAGCUAAAGUCAAUGAAAUUCGUUCUAGAUGUGAUUCAAUAAAAAGAGGAAGUUCAAAGUAUUUGAUAUCAUCAUGAUUAGAUAACCAUAUGAAGCAAACAAUAAGUCCUAUGAAAUUUCGACUAAAACAAGUGGAAGUUUUAUUAUUACAAGAGACAAUGAUGUGUCUCAUCUAAAAAAGAAAAUUGAUGAUUUACAAUUUAGAAUUGAUUCAUAAGAUGCAAAACUUAAGGCAAGAGAGAAAGAAAUUAUAUAUUAGCAAUCUCAAAUAAAAUAAUUCGUUUUAGAAAUUAAUGAGAUCUAAAUAAUAGAAGAUAAUUAUAAAGAAGAAAUAUCAGUUUUGAAUAAAGAAUUAUCAUAAUGGAAAGAAAAAUACUUUGCAAAUCUCAAGGAAUAUCAAUUUAGAUAAGCUCAAUUAUCUCGAUAGUCUUAAUAAGAACAGAGUAUAAUGAGAAAGAAGUAUGAAGAAAUAAUAUAAUAAUAAUAAAAAGAAAUAGAAUCUAUUGAAAUUAGAUUUGAUAAUGAGAGAGAAAAUUUAUAUAAAGCACUUGAUUUAUAAAAUAUGACUAUUUAGAAAAACAAUGAACUAAAUGUAAAAAAUAAAUACUAUAUAAGGAAUUAAUGAACAAAUUAGAAGAAAGGGAAACUGAAACAAAACAAUUAAAAGAAAAAAUUUAACUAUUGGAAUCUAAUAAGGAUGAAUUAAAAUUACAUCUACAACAAUCGUCUUCUAAACUGAAUGAAUAAAUCAAUAAAAAUGCUUAUGUAUAUAUUUAUAUUUACUAAAUUAGAUAGAAUAAUAAAAGAUUCAAGAAAUUUAAAAUCUGCAACUACAAAUAUAAGCAAAAGAAAAACAAAUCAAUAAUUUGUAGAAUUAAAUUGUAGAAUCUAGAAAUAAGACUAGUUAAUAAGAUAAAGAAAAAUUACUACAAUUAGAAAAUCUUAAUAAUUAACUUGUUUAAGAGAAAAGCUUACUUGAUGAUGAGGUAGCCAAAUUAAAAUAAUUAGCGAAAGAUUCUUAAAAAAUCCCUUCAUUAGAAAAGGAAAAUGAAAAUCUAUAGAUGAUUAUAUAAUAAUAGAAACAGCAGAUGCAUGAUUAAAAAUAAUAAAUUAAGAUAUUUUCUGAAGAAAUUAAUUCAUUAAAAGUGUAAAAUUAGAAUAAACUUAACACAACAUAACUUGAAUAAGAUAUAAAAUAUUAUGCAAGAUUAUUAAGUGAAUUGUAGGAAGAAAAUGCAAAAUUUUAGAAUUAGGAAGAAGAACUUACUGAAGAACUUAUAAUUUUGAAGAAAAAUAAUUAAGAAUUAUAAUAAUAAUAAGAAGAACUAUUCAAAAAUCUUGAAAACAAGAACUAAAUAAUAAAACAAUUAGAAGAAGAAAUCGAUUAAUUAAGAUAAAAUAAAUAAAUAUUUUAAAAUUAAAAUUACUAACUAAAUAAAUUAGAAUUAAGUAACUAAGAACUAACCAAAUAAAUAGAAAAACUACAUUUGAUUAAUAAAGAAAAGGAUGCGGAAAUACUUUACUAAUAGGAAUUAUUAUUAAAAUAGAAUUAAGAUUCAAAAAAUUUUGAUUAAAUAAUAACAUAGUAAAAAACAGAAAAUAAAGAGUAUUAAAUACAAAAUAAUUAAUUAAAAAAUGAAUUAUCAAAUUUAUAAACAUAAAAUUAAGAGAUUGUGGAAGAACUGCAAAAAUCUUAGGAUGAGGUUGAAUAAUUGACUAAGAUACAUGAAGAGAAUUUAAUUAAAAUUAAUGCUUUAGAAAAAGAAAAAUAUUAAAUAAAAAGCAACUUUGAGCAUCAUUUAAAAGAAAUUUAAAAGAAAGAUGCUGAAAAGCUAUCUAACUUUACUCAAUUAGAAAAUGAAAAUGCAAAACUCUAUUAAUAGAGAAAUAAAUUAUAAGAAAGAAUAGGAGAACUAGAAGAAUCAGCCAAUGAGUAAUUAAUUGAAAUAAAAAAUAUAAAAGAUUAAAAUGAAGAAUUAAUUAGUCAUUUGAAAAUAUCAUAAUAAAAAUUAGAUAGUUUAAAUACUCACUUCAAAAAUUUUAAUGAUUAAGUAUAAAAUCUAAAUUUCAAAUGUUAAGAGUAUUAAAAUAAUAUAAAUGAAUAAGGUAAAUUAAUCGCUUUGUUAUAAUCAUAAAAUGAAAUUUUAGAGUAUAAAAAUUAAUAACUAAAUAAAGAUAUUGAAUCUGUAAAAAUCAAUAGUAAAUAACUUAAUGAUUUUUAUUCGUCUAAAAUUUAAGAAUAAUUAGAAAGAAUCUAAGAAUUAGAAUAGAUUUUGGAAUCAUAAGAAGAAGGCUUUGAUUAACAAGGAUUAAUUAUUGAAAAUGAUUUGUUAAAGUAAAAAAAUUUGGAUUUAGAAAAUUAACUCAAUUCAUAAAUUAAUGAAGAUGCUGAUGAAAUAGACAAAUUAGAAUAAGAAAUUUUUCAUUAGAAACAAAAUAACGAGUAAUUAAAAAUUAUGAUGGAAGAAAUGUUAAUUAUAAAAGAUGAUUAUGCAAAAAGAGCUUAAGAAAAAGAUGAAGAAAUAAAUAAAUUGAAAUAAGUGUCAUUUGAAUUGAAAGAAUAAUUAGAUGAAUCCAAAAAAUAGAUAGAAGAUCUAUAUAAUUAUUAAAAGGAGUUGACUAUUGAUUUAAGAGAUAAAUAAAAAAUUAUUUAAAGUUUAGAAUUAACAAUAAAUAAUGAUUAAAUUAACAUUCAAGAAUAGUAAAUACCAUAGAACGAAUAAAUAAUGUAUGAUAGUUAUUAGCUUAAAUUUUAAAUAAAAUUAUUGAAAGAAGAAAUAGAAGAUUAAAAAUUAAAAAUACAAUAAUUAGAAUAAAAAAAUAUAAAUUAUGAAGCACAUCAAUAAAAAGAAAAAUAUGAGAACUAAAUUUAAAAAAUUUAAUUAAUAUCUCAGAAAGAAACUGAUAAUUCAAUCAAAGCACCAUUUAAUGAAAUAUAUAGUGGAAAUUUAAGUAAAAGUGCACAUCGAUAGGUUGAUGAAGUUGAAAAUCAUUAAGAAGAAGAAUAUUCAUAAUCAUUUGAAGAUUUUUAAGAAGAUCUUAAUGAUAACAGCGGAGAUGAAUAAGAAAAAGCGCAAGAGACUUAAAUAAAUAGAAUUUUAAAAAAAGAGGUCGACCAAAAAGAGGAGGAUAAUCAACACAAAAACUAAGAAAUUCUUGAAUUAUAAAAUACAUAAAAAGAAGACGAAAACUAGGAUUUAAAAUAAAAUAAAUAAUAAAAUUAAACAAAUGAUUUACUUGAACUUUAAGAACCAGAAAUUAAAAUAGUUUAAAUAGUUGAACAACCAUAAAUUGAAUUAGAUAAUUAAUAAGAUAAUGAAGAAAUAUUUGAAUUAAGAAAUGAAUAACAAGAAGACGAAAACUAGGAUUAAAAAUAAAAUAAUUAAUAAAAUGAAACAGAUAAUUUACUUGAACUUUAAGAACCAGAAAUUAAAAUAGUUUAAAUAGUUGAACAACCAUAAAUUGAAUUAGAUAAUUAAUAAGAUAAUGAAGAAAUAUUUGAAUUAAGAAAUGAAUAACAAGAAGACGAAAACUAGGAUUAAAAAUAAAAUAAUUAAUAAAAUGAAACAGAUAAUUUACUUGAACUUUAAGAACCAGAAAUUAAAAUAGUUUAAAUAGUUGAACAACCAUAAAUUGAAUUAGAUAAUUAAUAAGAUAAUGAAGAAAUAUUUGAAUUAAGAAAUGAAUAACAAGAAGACGAAAACUAGGAUUAAAAAUAAAAUAAUUAAUAAAAUGAAACAGAUAAUUUACUUGAACUUUAAGAACCAGAAAUUAAAAUAGUUUAAAUAGUUGAACAACCAUAAAUUGAAUUAGAUAAUUAAUAAGAUAAUGAAGAAAUAUUUGAAUUAAGAAAUGAAUAACAAGAAGACGAAAACUAGGAUUAAAAAUAAAAUAAUUAAUAAAAUGAAACAGAUAAUUUACUUGAACUUUAAGAACCAGAAAUUAAAAUAGUUUAAAUAGUUGAACAACCAUAAAUUGAAUUAGAUAAUUAAUAAGAUAAUGAAGAAAUAUUUGAAUUAAGAAAUGAAUAACAAGAAGACGAAAACUAGGAUUAAAAAUAAAAUAAUUAAUAAAAUGAAACAGAUAAUUUACUUGAACUUUAAGAACCAGAAAUUAAAAUAGUUUAAAUAGUUGAACAACCAUAAAUUGAAUUAGAUAAUUAAUAAGAUAAUGAAGAAAUAUUUGAAUUAAGAAAUGAAUAACAAGAAGACGAAAACUAGGAUUAAAAAUAAAAUAAUUAAUAAAAUGAAACAGAUAAUUUACUUGAACUUUAAGAACCAGAAAUUAAAAUAGUUUAAAUAGUUGAACAACCAUAAAUUGAAUUAGAUAAUUAAUAAGAUAAUGAAGAAAUAUUUGAAUUAAGAAAUGAAUAACAAGAAGACGAAAACUAGGAUUAAAAAUAAAAUAAUUAAUAAAAUGAAACAGAUAAUUUACUGGAACUUUAAGAACCAGAAAUUAAAAUAGUUUAAAUAGUUGAACAACCAUAAAUUGAAUUGGAUAAUUAAUAAGAUAAUGAAGAAAUGUUUGAAUUAAGAAAUGAAUAACAAGAAGACGAAAACUAAGAUUUAAUAUAAAAUAAAUAAUAAAAUUAAACAGAUGAUUUACUGGAACUUUAAGAACCAGAAAUUAAAAUAGUUUAAAUAGUUGAACAACCAUAAAUUGAAUUAGAUAAUUAAUAAGAUUAUGAAGAAAUAUUUGAAUUUGGAACUGUAGCAGACGAAGAUAAAAUAAUUAAUAAUCCUUAAAAAAAUACAAAAAACAAUAAUACUUUGUAAAUUGAAAAUCUCAACUUAAAAUAAAAUAGUUUGAAAGACUUAUUUUAAAAUGAUCCUUAGAAUUUAUUCGAUCUUUCAUAGCCUUAAGUAAAUAUAAUUUAAGUUGACAACAUGAAUAAACAUACUUUUGAAUAACAAGAAUUUUAAGUACCAAUUUAGUAAAUAGAAGAAGAAGUUUUAAUAGAACUUCAUUAAAAGCCCCAAGAAUUUGAAGGGUAAUUUUUAGAAGUUGAUGAAUAGAAUAAUUCAUAUAUUGAAUGA